UUUCACUUCCGCCUAGAGCCGGAAGCACCGUGUCUAACAGCGGGUACCAGCGCGUGGGUACUUUUUGGAGAGUUUCAGUGGCAGGCCCGCGGCGGCUGCGAGAGUGGUCGACUUGGGCGCCCGAGUUCGAGGUGGUGAUGCUGACUCCGGCGUUCGAUCUUAGCCAGGACCCCGACUUCCUGACUGUUGCCAUCCGCGUGCCUUACGCCCGGGUCUCUGAGUUCGAUGUCUAUUUCGAGGGGGUCGAUUUCAAAUUCUACGCCAAGCCGUACUUUCUCAGGUUAACCCUUCCUGGAAGAAUUGUAGAAAAUGGAAAUGAGCAGGGAUCCUAUGAUGCAGAUAAAGGAAUUUUUACCAUUCGGUUGCCCAAAGAAACUCCUGGCCAACAUUUUGAAGGGCUGGACAUGUUAACUGCUCUGCUGGCACCAAGAAAAUCCAGGACUGCAAAACCACUUGUGGAAGAGAUAGGUGCUUCUGAGGUUUCUGAGGGAGGAGUGGAAGAUGACGAUGAUGAGUUUGAUUGGGAAAUUGAACAGUCCCCCUAUGAAGAGGUACCAGAAAGUGCCUUGAACCCGAACUGCCGCUACGGGUUUGGAAACUUGCGCUCAGGAGUGUUUCAGCGGUUGCAGGAUGAAUUGAGUGAUGUUAUCGAUAUUAAGGAUCCAGAUUUCACCUCUGCUGCUGAACGAAGGCAGAAACGCCUGGCUGCUGAGCUGGCCAAGUUUGAUCCUGAUCAUUAUCUAGCUGACUUUAUGGAAGAUGAAGCAGUUAAGCAGGUUUUGGAAUAUACUCCUUGGUGGAGUGAUUUAUAUUCAGAAAUGAUGACCUCUUUGGGAAAGAGUCAGGAGGAAGAAAAUCUUGCUGCGUUAGUGUCUUUUUCUGAAGAAGAGAAAUAUCAGCUGCGAAAAUUUGUUAAUAAAUCUUACCUGCUGGACAAGAAAGCCCAUCGUCAGGUGUACUACAGUUUGAUUGAUAUCCUUCUGGCAUAUUGCUAUGAGACCCGUGUCACCGAAGGAGAGAGGAAUGUUGAAUCUGCAUGGAAUAUCAGAAAAUUGAGUCCAACGCUGUGCUGGUUUGAGACUUGGACUAAUGUUCAUGAAAUCCUGGUGUCUUUUGGAAGAAGAGUUUUGUGUUAUCCACUGUACCGCCAUUUUAAGCUGGUGAUAAAAGCCUACAGAGACACUAUAAAGAUAUUGCAGCUAGGGAAAAGUGCAGUUUUAAAGUGUCUACUGGACAUUCACAAAAUUUUUCAGGAAAAUGACCCAGCUUAUAUUCUAAAUGAUCUCUACAUCUCAGACUACUGUGUGUGGAUUCAGAAAGCCAAGUCCAAAAAGUUGGCAGCUCUUGCAGAAGCCUUAAAGAAAGCAUCCCUAACCAAGGCCCAGCUGGGGUUAGAACUGGAGGAGCUGGAGGCAGCAGCAUUUCUGGUCCAGGAGGAAGAAACCACAUCAAAAGCAGGAGUCCAUUCCACUUCCAGGCAGCAGACACCCUCCAGCUCUGAGACGAGUGGUUCAGAGGAAUCAGAGGGCAGUGCAUCACCUGAGACGGAGGAGUCAGACUCGGAACAGGAGGAGCCCGGAGGCGGUGAAUCUGAGACAGGGCAUUCCUUGCUCGGUCCCUUUGUUGAAGAAAGCAGCAUGGCCCUGCUUCUUAACGAUGGUGGGAUGUGUAGAAGCACCACUUUCCUGGGGUCUGAUGAUGGUCGAGGACAGCCACUGGCCUCCCCUGGGGCUCCCAGAGCAUCUGGGCCUCUGAUCCAGGAGCUUGGAGAACAACUGGAGACUUCGGUUCAGAUUUCCGAGCCCAAAGACUCUGCUGCUGGACAGCAGGACAGUGUGCUGGAGAGAGAAAGCCUGCAGACACCUGAGGAUUGACUCCUGAGUGUUCUCAUUUGUUAUUGAGAAUUAUGUCAAUUUGGUUUUAUUGACUGAAUUAAAAUUCUU